UAAAACAUGAGGCUGUCACAUAUUCCAGUUUUUUUUUGCUGAUCCGUGCCUGCCCUUCUGUCAGCAGACUUAUAAGGAGGGAUCUUGGCUCCUGCAGCCAUUUCCCCUGCAGGGCUGAGCUCUUUGGCUGGCUUGCCACUUCCUUAGCAGAGGGGCUGCUGGCAGGAGCGACAUCUGAGCAGGUCAUGAAGCCUCAAGAGGCCGAGCUCGUCAAUGAAAUCUCCAAGUUGCAAUGCAUGGUGUCGGAGCUGAAGACGGGGUUCACCAGCGCUCUGCUGGAGCUCAGUCAGAUCCAACAUGGAGACACGUACCUGCGGGAGGAGCUGGAGGAGAACAGGAGGAGCUGCCAGAAGAAAGCUCUCCGUCUGGAGGCGCUGGUCGAGUCUCUGAGGGAGGAGCUUGGAGUGAUGGGGGGUCAGAUCUUGCAGCUGUACAGCAACAGACAGAGACCUCAGCAGGAUGGAAAGAGCUCCACAUCCAAACACAGAGAGAGCAGCGAUCCAGCAGAACCGGCCUGUGAGCGGAGGCCGUGUGACUGUUCGUCUGCUCCACCAGCCGGUCUGUCCAGAGGGAAACUGCUCCUCCACUGCUUCCUGCAGGGCCUCAAAGCCGGACUGAGCGAAGGCACGGAUGCACGACAUCAGGUGGCGAUGCAACUUCUACAUUCUGAGUGGGAGUACGUGUCAACCUUAAACCAGCUGUAUGAUAAAUACAAGACACCGCCAGCUCACCAGAUGACUGUGGAGCCGUAUCAGACGUAUCUGAAGUCUGUGGAGAAGCUUUUACAGCGACACCUGAUCUUCAGAAACACCCUGCAGGAGCGAUUAACUGCUGAACACUGGAAAUCUCUGGUUGGAGACAUCCUGGUGCAGCUCAUCGGACAAAACGAUACAGCCUUUUCGGAUAUGUACCAUGGAUACACAGCUACCCUGGCAUCAUUCCUCUCGCUGGAGUUCAACAGACUAAAUCUUUCUGAGAAAAUGCAGAAAAUGCAGAGCGGCCAGAUGGAGAAAGAGGAAAUGAAGCUGCUCUACCUGCUGUUGGCUCCUGUCGCUCGCAUCCACGGCUACCUGAGCCACAUUCAGAACUUGCUGCAGUGGACCAGUAAGGAGCAUCCUGACUGCAGCCUCCUGCUGGGAACUGAGCGAGCCCUGAGGAGCAUCUUGUCCCGUUGUCAUGUGAUCUUGGAGGAAGACGUCCGGUGGGAGGAAGGAGAAGGAGGUGGACAAAGCAGCUGCUCUGAUGCAGUGACUGGUAGAUCCUCUGCAAAGUGCUGCACCAGGAGCCAGCAGACCAGAGAGUCUCAGCGUCAGUCCAACACCGCAGCUCAGAGAGACGACCAGCAGCCUGUCAGUAAUGGAGUGGACGGGUGUCACUCGAUGCGUCUGGAGUGCUGGUCCUGCAGCCCGGUGAGGAGGAAGGGCUGUGGAGGAGACCUGGCCCUCCUGAACCAGCCGGCCCGAGACUGUGGACACGCCUGCUGCUCCCUCCUCACGCCCGACGCCACAGCGUGGGGUGAGAACAGUGACUCAGGCCAGGGCACCUCCAGCCAGCUCACCGGGCAAGGCACCAACGGGCUGGAGGCCUCUCACACCCAUCACAGCCUCGAGGACUGCGAGACGGACCAGGACGACACCUCAGCCUUCGACUACUCCUCCGUCACCUCCUGCAGCCCUGACGCCACCCUGCGCAGGGAGACGACGGGCAGCAACAGCAGUGAGGAUGAAGAGGAGGACAGCCAGGUGCCGGUGCUGUUGAAGCCCUCCUGCAGCCAGCAGCAGUCGAGGGAGGUGCCCAGAGAGAGGACCAUGUGUCUGAGGUGGCAGAUUCCCAGAUUGACCCCUCAUCCUCCUCUUCGCCACGCCGCGGGGCCACGUGUGGACGGGCCGACGCCGUGCCUCGUCAGCUCCUACGGAAAGAGGCUGGUCAACGUCAGGAAGGGGUCUCCUCCUUUACAUCCAAAAAGUGCCUUCAGGCCCAUCUGGGAUGAUCCAUCCAAACAGGCGGAUGCAGCUCCAGAGAAAGACAGCAGACAAGUCUUCGUACCGAUUCAAGCCCCAGCGAGGCAAAGCUUUCUGAGUUUCAACCCGAGUAGAGAAAACCUGAGACCAGGCCCGUCUCAGCAGAGAGGCAACCCUGCAGCAGGCCUGAGCGGUGGAGGAUUGUGGGACGACAGUGAGGACAGCGAGGGUCCCUGCAGCACCGUCUGACCCAGAGACAAGAGGACUAUCGACUAAAACUGUUGCACACUUAAACGUUGAGGUUACAAAUGUGAGAUUUCUUUGAUGGAGACAUUUUCUGCAUGAAUGACGACUAUGAGACUCUGAAGUACGUCUUUGUUUACCAGUUAAGACGGUUUUAUUUGCCUGUUUGGUUCUUCUGCGGAUUAGCUAUCGUUGUGUGGGAUAAGAGAGAUCUAAGAGCAACAUUUAUCUGAGAAACAUGAUCUCACUUUUGACACAAAGGGUUGACUGAAGAAUUUCCUCGCAGAUUUACAUUCGAAAAAUGAAAUAUUCCAAAAGCAUAUUGUUUGUUUUAAACUGGAGGUGGUGAUAUAUGAUGACACAAUGUCUAACGUUAAGAAAGCUGUUACUCAUCAAAUAUUACAUAAUUUUAGUAUACUUUAAUAUCCAAUGAAAGCAGUCAAGAACCAUUUUGGAACAUAUGCUUUUUUUACUUUCCGGUGGAGAGUUAACAUCACUCUUGAUUGUGUAGCAACACUUCUGCUCUAUUAAAUAACUAAAUCAACCUCAGCACUUAACGUGUUGUAUAUAGUUUAUGUAAUGUGUCCAACAAUAGAUGUAAAAAGGGCAAUUGUUUACACUUUGUAUUUUCUCGAAUAUAAAAAAAGGAUCUACGUGUUCAUGGGUGAACAACAUUUUGGAUUUUCUCACCUUUGGACCGAGCCAGGCUAACAUUAUGCUAAGCUAACCAACAGUCUAGUCCAACAGACACACAUGAAAGUGGUUUUGAGUUAUUUUGAAGAUCUAACUCUCCGAACAGAAAGCAAAUACUUCUCAACCUACUCCUUUACAAAUUCAAUCAACAGAAGUUCAUGCAAAAAAGCUGAAUGUUCCAUAAAAUAAAAAAAGAGAGAAAUGAGUAGUUCAGUACAAAAUAAGACUGGGUGAUUUAUUAAUCUCAUGAAGACCAUUAAUACAAAGCAGUUAAAAGGCCACAUACCAUCAAAUAAACCGACUGCUGGAUCAAGCUGUUACAGUGCCACUGGAGGAAAACCAAUCUGUUAUUCGGUCAGGGCUGGGGUUAAACAAAAACAACUAAACAAACAAACAUAGAAAACAGAAGAGACAAAUUUGGCAAAAUCAACCCCACCAACACUGGUUUGGGAAACUCGGGGAAAUGGACAGAACAUGAGUGAAGACAGUGAAGUGAUUCGACUUCAGCUUCAUCCUCCAACACUCCGCUUUUAUCUCUAGUUUGAUCGGAAGUUUAAUCGUCCACCAUCGUGCACAAAACACAGCAAGACCGAGAGGAAAAGGGGCACGAGAGAUUAGUUUGUUUAAUUUUCGCUGAAACCUCGUGGUCGUCAGACAUUCUCAGGUGUUUGUGUCUGCAGACAUCGUGUGGAUGAACGAGAGGUGGUAGACUUGUUUUUUCCAUCCUUAUCCACGUAGAAAGUGAGUUUGAACAGUUGCAUAGGACCAUUGCAUUUACAAACAUGACCUAUCAACAACUGUGGCUCUUCAACAGUACAGCCUAAAGUGCACAAAGUGUGUUUCUCUGAAAAAAAAAAAUAAAAUAUAAAAAUAAAAA